GUAACAGCAACAGCAGCAGCAGCGGCAGCGGCAGCAACAGCAACAGCAGCAGAGCGAUUGGCGCUCAGUUGGUUUCUGUCGCUGGGUACGAACGGUUCCCUCUCGCGCUGUGCUCGUCGUUUCUCAGCUGCGUCUCGUUUGCCUUUGCGUUCGUUGCUUUCGUUAGUUGGUGCGCGUGCGCCGCGUCGUUGCGUUUAUUUGUUGUGUCGUCGCUUCAGCACAAAGGUUCAUGCGAGUCAAAGUAAAAGCCAUAAAGCAAAGAGCAACAAAGUCGAAAACAAAAGUGUGCGAAAACAAAAAUGUAACAACAACAACAAAAGCAACCAAACAACCAAUCGCCCGACAGUUUAAUACGAGUUUCGUUCUUGCUUCUUCCUAAAGUUCUUCUCUUUUGUUUUUCGUUGACCAUUAAAAGUGAAGUUUUGAACGCACAAAUUAAAAAAAGUUGAAAAAGAAAAGAAAACAACAAGAAUUAAAAAUCAAACAACAACAAUAACAACAACAACGUCAACAAGAAGCGACAUUAACCGCCCCACGAAUAAGCUGCAACUUGAACUUCACUCUCCGGUCUCUGGUCUCUGGUCUCCAGUCUCCGGCGUUUCGGCGCGUCUCGUGUUAUUUUUAGACAAAAAAUCGCAAUCGCAACGCAAUGGGCACCAAGUCGCCCGGUGGUCCGCAGCGCUGUCGCCUCAUACUGCAGCGCUGCCUGGCCAUCCAGCUGAGCAAGCCGGGCCACACGCCCGAGGACUUUUGGAUGUACGACUCGGGAUAUAUGAUAUUUCAGAAUUUCCUUGCCGCGAAUGCGCAAUGCUGGUGGAAUGCUCCACUGACUGCCGCGACACGUGCGCUCAAAUAUGCCGGACAUGUGGCACCGGGAAUGCUACUGGUCACCGCUGAGCCAUGCGCCCUGGAGGUGCUCCGAGGCGCCUUUGCACGCAGCGUGCUCAAGCCGCCGGCCACCUACAUCAUUAGCUCUGUGGGUGACAUUGACGAUUGCAUUGUGACGCCGACGGUCCAGGGGCAGUUCACCCCGCUGCCCGAGGCGCUGUGCGAUGUCAUCAUGGACUUGACCGCCGAGGGCCAGUCGGCGACCAUCGAGCAUGUGCGCAGCAAGCUGGGCGUGCGAUUCCCCCACAUGACCACGCCUGCCACAGAGGUCAUCUACGACUCGCUGGCGCAGCUGAUGCAGGAGCAGAAGAUCUACCAGACGGCGAAGGGUUACUUCAUCUUCACGCCAGAACGCCGUCGCAGUCGGUCGCGUCCGCGCAGCAAUCAUCACCAGCUCAAUGGCGGCCACAGCACCAAUGGCAGCCUAGUCUACUCUCAGCUGACGGAGGAGGAGCACCAGCAGGACGUCGUUCCGCCGGAGGCACGCACUAUGCUUAUGUCUAACGCGGAGGCCCUGCACUCGCUGUACGGCGAAAUAUCCACGGAACGGGAUGGUGACCUAACGCAUCAAUGCAUUCAAACCAAUCUGGCGGAUGUUAUCUGCGGAGGUAAUCCCAAUGAUAAGAUUAUAUAUCCGCGUGCGGCCAAGCGACGCAGUGCAUCAUUUCCGACGCCGCGCAGCUUGGAACGCCGGCACAGUUUGCGGCUCUUUGGCUCAUCUAAGCGCCUGCAACGCUGCGCCUCGACCCGCAGCCUGUCCAAAACCUAUGCCCAGACGCUCAACACGACGGACAGUAGCAGCUCGGAAUACCAAAGCACAGAUUCGUCAUCCCCCAAAAAAGGAUCUUUGCUCUCACGGCUGUUCCGACGCAGCGGACGCGCCAAGCAGCGCCAGAUUGAGACGUACUCGGCACAGUUUCCGCCCGCCGAGUGGUUCAACACGCGCGCCGUCCAUCUGCAUAGCGUGGGCACCCAAACCGCAGAUCACGACAUGCCCUCGGUUCAUACGCUUUCCAAUUCGACGUUCUACGACGGCUCCGAGCUGAGCCAGCGGUCGUCGACACUGCCGCGUCGCCAUCGCCGCCACAUGUCCAGCGAGUCGACGUUCCUGAUAUCCUCCAGGGACUGCUCACCCAUACGCCGGCGGUCUCCCGUCUACUGCAGCAGUUCGCUACCUCGUUCCACUCAGUCCAUCCCAGCCAGCAGCGGCGGCAGCGGAAGCGGCAAUGCCGUCAAUCACACCAAAAUAAAUCACUCCUCGGCGACGCUGUCGCGCCUGCACACAGCUACGCCAACGCCGUCGUCCAUGCAGCAGAAAACAGCGCAGAAGUCGGUCAUCGGCAAGCACAUCUUCGAGAGCUCGCCGGCUCGCUCCUCGACGCUGAAGUCCGCCUCGUCGGGCAAGCGGCAGACGGAUGGACUGAUCGUGAUGAAUGGCAGCUCAGACAACAAGACGGCCUACCGCAGUCUGCAGAGCAGCGGGCCCUCCAGUCUGGAGUCCUGCAAGACGUCAAUGCUUGCCAGCGGCCCAUCCAGCAUUGACAGCGGCAAGGUUUCAUUCAGCCAGAAGACCAGCGGCCACUCUAGUCUGGACUCACAGUGCUCCACGAACACGGCUGUAGUGGCUCCGACCACAAACACAAAUGGCAGCACGCGUUCCAUACUGCUGCUCAAUGGCUCGCCACGCGGCACGCCGCGCCAUCAGGCGAUGAGAGCGCGUGUGGCWGAAGCGCAGGCGCAGGCGCAGAGGCAACGGGCGAGCACGCCCAGCCGCAUAAUGGAGGAGCUAAGCUACCCCCCGAACUGCAGCGCCAAUGGAGUGCCCAAUUCGAACAGCAAUAACUCCAUCACGCUGCAGGUGACCACCAGCUCGAGUGGCGGCGGCCAGAGCAUACCCAGCACUAAGAUCUUUGUGCAGAACUCGCCGGUGAGGAGUGUGAUCACGCUGGAGAAUGGCAAAAUGUUGGAGAACUCGAAUGUGUUUAUCAUUAACAAUGAGACCAUGACGAAUGAGAAGGGCGAGAUCAUCAAGAAGACGCUCUCCAAGCAGACGACAGCAGCAGCUGCACCCCCAGCUGCAUCUGUGCCAAUGGCCACAUCCACGCCAGCUAGGCCCGAGUCGGUGCCCGAGCAUCCGCUGAGCGAGACGGAGGCCAACUCGGAGACGUGCGACUCCAUUUCGUUCAUCAGCGAGAGCUCGCCGGAGAAUACGGCCACUGAGACGCCCUCCUAUGAUGGCGGCAAAUAUGCCAAGAAUACCAACAACGAGGGCACCAUGAACAACAACCGCAAGCUGUGCCUGCAGCUGGCCAAUGGCAUCGCCUACAAGAACAACGUGCUCAAGAAUGAAUCGCAGCCGAAUUCGCCGUGUGGGGAGCAGCUGCAGCAGCACCCACUGAAAUUGGCUGCCUUGGCCAACCAGGACUUCGAAAUAGCCGGGUCGGUGGGCAAUUUGAAUUUCUAUGAGAAGCAGUCCAAGGACUUGGCGCCCUCGCAGAGCAACCGCAAGCUCAUGAACAGCAGCAGUGAUCUGAAGAACCUUUGCUACGAGUCUGUCUGCCAGCUGCAGAAGUGCACCAUGAAUGGCGAUGAGCUGGCGCUCGCGCAUCUGCUGCACAAGUCCAGCAAUCCGCUGGGCAGCGAGCCGAAUCUGGCGCUGAAGGAUCAUGCUAAUGACAAGGCCAUCGAUAAGGAAGCCAUGGACAGGCGGCUGAGCCUAACCAAGGAGUCUCUGGAGCAGCAUGGCAUCGGCAACGUUCUGGGAACGGGCAACGAGGAGCUCUAUAAUUUCCCCAGCCUCACGGAUCUGUCCUUCAAUUUUACGUCGCUGGCGGCGCGCAAAAUACUCCAAGGAGUGAGCCUCAACAGCAUCGACACGCUCGUGGAGCUGAAUAUGGCGGCGGCGGCGGCAGCUGCAGUGGCGGCCAGCAAUGCCCAGGAAAAGCAACAGAAUAACCAGACGACAACGGCGGCAGCGGCAACAACAGCCCCUACCGUGUGCACGGACUUUGGCAUGGUCUAGCUGGAGCUAUCAGAGGGAAAGAUGUAGAGAGAGUAGUUCAGGCGCCUCCGGUCAACAGAGCAGCUCUGUUGGAUUAGGAGCCCGCUUCAUCUUAGCAUAAUCAAACGAAGCCUUAGACGAGCAGCAGCAAAAGCAAAAUUGAAUUGAAUUUAUAAAAUCAAUCUCUGUAAUUUAUUAUCGAUUAUCGAAUAUGGGUUAAUUGAAAUGCUUUUGUUUCCGUUUCGUAGUAACAAUUCUUUUCUCUUUCUAAUUUCAUUUUAUUUCUGUCUGCACUCGUUUUUAGGUUUUACGAAUUUUCUUAUAAAUCGGAAGCAAUUUUUUAUUUACAGUGCCAAAAUAUGUUUAGUUUAAUUUUAAUGUUUAUACUUUGGACCCCAGCCACAACGAGCACCCCAUAGCACUCGCGAAUCAUCCGAAUGCAUCUGACAGAGUUUGCAAGUGCAAUUUAUUAUAAGUAGAGAUCAACGCUCACCGCCCAGCCUUUUCGUUCCCCUACUUGAUUGUAAAGUUUUUCCACUAGAUUGGAAUCCUCCCUAAUUUUUAGUUUUUGUAUAUUUGUUUAAAGCAAUAAUCAUUUAGACUAACAUGCCUAUAAAGCAACCCUAUUCUACAUAUGAUACGAACUCACAUACACACACGUAUACACACCCUUCUACAUACACACAUACCCAUUAUAGGAAUCUACUACGAAUAUAGAAUUUAGCACCUACAACAGAAAUACAAUAAUUUUGUACAAGGCCUUAAUUAGUAGAGUCAGCAAUAAUAUAAAUAAGUUGAAAUCACUAAUAAAUAUGAAAUAUACAAAUUUAUAUAAAUGAAA